AUGACUAGAAUAGUUUACUUUUCUGUGCUACUUUUUUAUAAUUUAUUCAAAAAUAUACACAAAAUAAACACAUUUAAUAUUUUCAUAUAAAUAUUUCUCAUGUACAGUAUGGUACUUACUCAUAUAGCCUAAUUAAUAUACAGUAGGAUCUUGUUUUACGCGGAACUUUUAUACAUAGAUCUGUGUUUUGACUGAUGACGAAUGAUUAUAUUAAUCCAUUCCUAGCACUACUGAAUCGGCAAACUAUGCUAAAUUGCGUGUAUUUUUGCAAAAAUAUAUGCAAAAAUACAUGCAAUUUGGUGCUCAACAAAGAGGAAAGAGUAUAAAAAAAAAAGAAAUGAACACAAAGUGAAUUAUUUACACUAUGGUUCUUUUAGGUUUCUUCGGAAUAUUUGACUGAUCCUAUUGUAUAUAAAUUAAGUGAAGUCAAGGUAUUAUUAGAAAAACUGAAUAACAAAGAGGUUAUUGUUUUAAGUGUCAGUUCUACUGCCUGAUAUACACAUUCUGUAAACAGUUUUUUUAAGCUGUAAUUGUAAGAGGAACUGCAUCGAUUAAGAAGUGAAAAUAAAAAUUAUUUUUCGAAAGAUAUCAAUUAUAAUUUUAAGCGUCGUUCUAACAAUUCCUCAAAAAAUUAAUAAUUAAGAACAAUGGCAAUCUCAUAUUUAGUCUUGUAUGUUAAAUUGCUUAUUUGCUACUAUAUAACAAACAGGAAAUGGCCAUAACGAGUUGUGAUAAGUUUACUGUAUGUUUAUAAUGCUAGAAUGUGUUGUCAUUUUUUAACAGUCACAACAGAAACGUCUCGCGUUAUGACAUUUUAAUAAUGUCAUUUGAAACAAUGAAACAAUGGCUGUUUCUACAAUGCUUUCUGUUUGUUUUCCUCCCCUCUGAAUAAGCGCUUUCGGACUUUGAACCUAACAUAAACUUACACUCACGUCUAAUUCUUAAAAUAUCAUAAAAUUCAUAUGUUCUUAGUAAAUUUUAAAACAAUUUUGAUAUGUAAGAUUUUUCCCAUCCCUAUUUUUAAUAGGAACGAUUCAGUUCAAUAAUUUUCAACUAAAAAAGAAUUUUGUGUAGAGAAAUGUGUUCCUUUAUUUAAUUCAGAAAAAGGCAGAAGGCAUUAAUUCCAAAUUAUCAAAAAUUCACUACACGAUCCUGUAUGGCUGAUUUUUGAUACCAUUGUUAAAUACCAAUAUUUUUUGACAGCGAAAAGCAUUAACUACAACGUAUUAUGUUCAUUACUGAUCAAAAAAUUUUAAUUUUCAUGAGUUAAUAUAUUCAGUCAAUCGCAGUCAAUGAAUUUGAAUAGGCGCUCGUAUAUCUUCAAGUAUCAUGAAGCCGUUUACUAUGAUCAACACAUAAUGAUUGAUUCAGAGUGAAUUUAAAACAGCAAUUUUUAAUGCCUUUUUGCAUUAAACUAUCCAUAUGUUAUUUACUUCAUUGUUCGUGGUUAUUUCAUUCGUCUCUACAUUGAAGAUCGUUUACGCUGUAAAAACAGAUGAAGAAUACAAUAAAGAUCGAAAAACAUAUGAAUUAGAUUUGAAUAAAUAUUGCAAAGUCUCAUUAAAUUCUAGAAAUCACCUUCGUAUAUUGUGUAAUUUAUAUUAUUACACUGAAACAUUUUUUGAUUUAUUACUCGCUACGAAACACGCUAUAAUAAUCAGAUUGGCAUUUGAAAUGGAAAGCACGGAAGAAGUAGAACAAUUUUAUAAUACAAGUGAAAAUAUUCCUUUGUGGUAUACAAAUUUAACAGUGGAGAAAUUUUCGAUAUUACAAAGUGAAAAGUAUAAUUAUGAAAGCGUAAAGUUGCCAUUAUUGAAUAUAUUAAAUUUAAUAUUUGAAGAUAUGAAACGAGUGAAAAUUAAUUUAAUUUUUAAUGAAAAGAAAUUGAAUGAAAUGGCUCAAGUAAUUUAUUCUUGCAAUGAUACUUUUUCGAAUUUUCAAAAUCUUCUGUAUGAAAUUGAGAAUACAACGUGCAAAUUUAUUGUUAAAACGAACUUUUAUAAUGUUUUUUCUGAUGAUUGGAUUGAAGAAUUUCAAAUUACAGAGGAUAAUAUGAUUUAUUUUAUUAAUGAAAUAAAAAAGAAAUAUUAUCUCGAUAGAGCGACAAUUACAGAAAUGUUAGUAUAUUUUAAAGAAGUGGUUGUGAGCAAAACUGUAUUUUCUCUUAUUGCAAAAUUUAAUGUAAUUAAGUUGGAAUUUCCAGAAAAUGAUAUUCAAUUAAUAAGAAACGGUGAUGUUCCAUUUAUUCCUAAAUUAAAAGUGCUGAAUAUGACGGGAGGUAUAACUAAUUAUAUUGAGAAAGAUGCAUUUGAUAACGUUUCUGAUUUAAAAUUAGUAGAUCUUAGUAAAAAUAAAUUAAAUACAAUACCCGAACCAUUCUAUAAACCACGUUUUGUUAAUCUGACAUAUUUAAAUUUGGAAGAAAAUAAACCUGAUAGUAAAAAGUUUUCUUUACCAACUCGAAUACCGGAAUCGUUACCUUCUAACUUGAAAAUACUUAGACUUUCCAGAAAUCUUAUAAUGGAAUUAGAAAACGGAUCAUUCGCUGCUUUUUCCCAUUUACACUCUCUCUUUCUUGAUCGUUGUAAUUUGACUUCAAUACCUAAAGGAACGUUUAAUAAUUUAAUCUUUCUUUUAUCCCUUGAUUUGGCUGACAACUAUUUAGAAAGUCUACCUGAUGAUGUCUUCGUAAAUUUGCAUUCUCUUCAACAUCUCAAUUUAAGUAACAAUCGUUUUAUGAACAUCCCCGUACAAUCUAUUAGUAUGGCGUUGAAUCUUACAUUUAUAAAUUUUCAAAAUAAUUUUAUUAAAGGUGUUUAUAAUUUUUCUCAUCCCAGUCUACAAUACUUAAAUUUGAAGAACAAUCAGAUCAAGGAAUUAAUUAUUCCUAUAGAAUUUUCCCAGCUGCACAUUCUUGAUCUAUCUUCUAAUCGCAUAAGCUUAUUUUCCAAAGAAAUUAUCGAUAUUUUAUUAAAUAUCGAUUUCGUUAACUUAUCUUCCAAUCCAUUUUAUUGUUCACCCUGCAACCUUUAUUACCUUCAUACGUGGCUGAAUGGCACCAAUUAUAGAGAUUCUGAUCAUUUUAUUUGUUCUCUUCCUACAGAAUUAACCGACAAAAAAGUGAAAGAUCUCAAUUCUAGAUAUGAAGAUUGUUUGGACUUCAUUACAGAUAUGACAAUAACAAUAACAUUAUCCAUUAUGUUUUCUUUAUGUUUCGUAUCAAUAUUAAGUUCCAUUUUAUAUUACUAUCGUUGGUAUCUUCGCUAUUUUUGGUUUCGUUUUAAAAAUAUAUUCUACAAUUGUAGACGAGAAGAAAAAGCAUUGCAAUAUUAUGAAUACGAUGCAUUUGUAGUGUAUUGUGUUACAGAAAGUAAAUGGGUAUACGAACAAUUGGUCCCUCAUCUGGAAUCAGAAGAAUUUGGAUUAAAGCUUUGUGUCCACGAUCGAGAUUUUCUCGCAGGCAGAAAUGUUACCCAAAAUAUUAUUGAUAGUAUUGAUAAAAGUCGUAAAAUAGUAGUGUUAAUAUCUAACUGUUUUAUGAAGAGUGAAUGGUGCAUGCUUGAAAUACAUUUAGCUCAACAUAGGUUAUUUGAGAACAAAAGAGACGAUUUGAUCUUAGUAAAAAUGGAAAAACUUAACAAAGAUCUAAUUAAAAAACCCAUUGUUUAUCUUCUUAAAACUAGAAUAUGUUUAGAGUGGCCUUCUAUGGAAGGUUCGCAAAUUUUCUUUUGGAGAAGACUUAAAACAGUUAUUAAAAUGAAUAUGCUUAUAAUAGUGUGGAUUUUAACUAUUACAUUACAUUCAAAUUAUGCUUGGGAUAUAGAGAGCGAUACUUGUGAUGAAUUAAGUAUAAUUGAUUUAGUACCUCUGUUUGAUUGCAAUUUUACAUUGAAUGAUCGAAAUUAUCUUCAAGUAUCUUGUGGUAUGUUUACUUACGUAGAAAAAAAGACAUCAAAAACCAGUUUUGUAAGAAGUGCAGUAGAAUUAACAUUUGGAUUAGAAAGCGAUCAACCAUUAAAUCAUACGAUGAGAAGGGUUUGUUUAAGAUUGGCAAAUUUAACAAUAAAUAAAUUUCCAGAAUCACCAAACAAAAAAGUAAAUUACAAUACAAAAUUUUCUUUAUUCGACGUCAUGGAAAAUGUACUGAAUGAUAUAAAAGAAAUAAGAAUAUUUAUAAAUUUUAUUCAACGUAGAAUAAUUUCGGUUGGUGAUAUAAUAGGAAAAUGCAAUCCCAAAUUUACAAAUCUUCAGUCAGUUAAGUCAUUAAUGUAUACUUUUAAACGUAAUAAUUGCUACUUAUUAAUUUAUGGUAUUAUAAAAAUGCUUUUUUCUGAUGAUUGGUUUCCAAAACGCCAAGCUUCAAAUGAUGAAAUAUUCGACAUUAUUGAUAAAGAAAGUAAAAUCCUUCUUCUCGAUAAAGCAGAAAUCACAGAUGUGUUUAUGAGAUUUAAUAAUAGAAUGAAUGUAGCGCAAUUAUUUAAGUUUGGUUCAAAACUUAAUGUCAUUAAUUUAGCAUUAAUUGAAAGUAAUAUUCAAAGCAUUGAAAAUAAUACAAUAGCAUUUACUAUGCCUAAAUUGGAAUUAUUAAACAUGACUGGAAGCAAAAUUAAUUUUAUUGAUGUCGAUGCAUUAGACAAUCUUCCAGCUUUAAGAGUUGCAGAUUUUAGUAAAUGUAAAUUACAAACUAUCCCAAAACCAUUUUAUAAAUCACGAUUUGUUAAUUUGACAUAUUUAAAUUUAGAAGAAAAUGUACCCAUUGAUGGUAAUUUUAUCUUGUCUUCUAUGCCAUCAUAUUCAUCCAACCUAAAAAUACUUAUACUCUCCAAAAUAUCUAUAACUCAUUUAAGUGAAGAAUCAUUUGAUGCUUUCAUUCAUUUGCAAUUUCUUUAUCUAGAUAGAUGCAAACUCAGUUCUCUACCCGAUAGAAUAUUUGCCAAUUUAACUUCUCUUAUAUUUCUUGAUUUAUCUGGCAAUUAUUUAGAAAACCUUUCUGAUGACCUUUUCUUCUCUUUGCAGUCUCUUCGGUAUCUUAAUUUAAGUAGAAAUCGUUUACAAUAUAUACCCGAACGAACUAUUAAUUUGGCAAAUAAUCUUAUUACUUUAAAUCUUGAAGACAAUAUUAUAAAUUCUUUGUCAAACUUUUCUCAUUCCAAUCUUAAAUAUUUAAAUUUGAGAAAAAAUCGAAUUAAUAAUGUUAUUGGUGAUAUAAACUCUUUAAAUUUCUCUUCCUUGCACAGUCUUGAUUUAUCAUCUAAUACUCUGAGUUACAUCUCUAAAGAAAUGAUUGAUAAUUUUCUAAACAUUGAAUUUGUUAAUUUAUCAUCUAAUCCAUUUAACUGUUCACCUUGCAAUCUUUACUAUCUGCAGAUGUGGUUGAAAGCUAUCGAUUAUAGAGAUUCAGAUCUUUUUAUUUGUUCUAUUCCUGCAGAACAAUAUCGAAAGAAAGUGAUUAGCAUUAAUUCUAAGUAUGAAGAUUGUUUAGACUCAAAUGUUAAUGUAAUUACUAACAUUGUGAUUUCUAUAAUUUGUGUUUUAUGUAUUAUGACAUUAAUUGUGUUCUUUAUUUAUUACCAUCGUUGGUACAUUCGUUACUUACUAUUUCGUGUAAGGUCAGCUAUUUGGAACUAUAAGCAACAACGUGAAGCUUCUUGUCAGUACAAAUACGAUGCCUUUGUAUCGUAUUCUGAUGCAGAAACGAAAUGGGUAGCGAAUGAAUUGGUACCUAAAAUGGAAUCUGAAGAAUCUGGAUUAAAAUUGUGCAUGCACCAACGUGAUUUUGUUGCUGGAAAAGAUAUCGUUCAAAAUAUUACUGAGAAAAUAGAAGAGAGUCGUAAAGUAGUAAUUCUUUUAUCGAACAAUUUCCUGAAGAGCGAUUGGUGUAUGAUGGAAUUGUAUUUGGCUCACGAUAAGUUAUUCGACGAAAAUAGAGAUGCGUUAAUUUUAGUCAAAAUUGAAGAAUUAAAGAAGAUUUUAAUUCCUCGUAGACUUCAAUAUUAUUUAAAGACAAGAACUUAUUUGUUAUGGCCAACUGAAGAAAAUGCUCGAUUAUUAUUCUGGAACCGGUUGACGGAUGCUAUCAAAAAACAUAGCAAUGAGAAUAAAAAAAACAAUAUGUUAAUCAUUACUUUGCUCCUGGUUGUGACAAUUUGCCCAACUAAUUCUUGGGAUGUAACCAACGAUACCUGCGAGGAUGUAAAAAUUCAUAAAUUAAUAUUUAUGCCAGAUUGCAAACUUUCUAUGAAUAGCCAAAAGCUUCAAGCAAGUUGUGACAUGUAUUGUUAUAUAGAAAGUUUCUCACCUUACGUUGGGCUUAAACGAUACGCAAUUGAAAUGACAAUAGGAAUGGAAAGCGAUAAUUUUAUUUAUAGUUUCGACGAAAGAAUUUGUUUACGGCUUGCAAACCUGACGAUAAGGAAAUUUCGACUUUCUCCACAUCAAAAGAAUAAUUACGGUUUAAGAUUCACACUGAUGUCUCCAUUAUCAUCCACAUUGGCGAGUAUCAUAAAAGGCAAAGCUCAUAUCAAUUUUAAUAAACGUUCCAUGGUUGGAAUCGCUGCAACUCGAGAUAAAUGCAAUGUGACUUCACCAAAUUUUGACUUUAUGGCCAUUGAUGAACAUCGAAACGCAUCGUGUAAAUUAACUAUUCUAGGUAUUUAUGAAAUGCUGGUCACCGUACCAAGGAUUAAAAAGUUUCCUCAAUCAAAACAAGAAAUAAUAAUGGUCUAUAAACAGUUUGAUCAGAUUUAUUUCCUUCACGAAGCAACAAUUUCAGAAUUCUCUUUAUAUUUAACGCAAGAUAUUAAUUCAGUGAAAAUGUUUUCUAUAGUUCCAAAUGUUAAUUUCCUUAAAUUAGAACUUCCAGAAAAUCAUUUCGAUAUCAUUCGAAAUGACGAUUUUUCAUUUACUCCUACGAUGGAAGUAUUAAACAUGACGAGAAGUACAAUAUAUUUAAUAGAGGAAAACGCCUUUGACAACCUUCCAGGUUUAAGGAUUGUGGAUUUUAGCAGAAAUCGAUUACAGUCAAUUCCCGAACCUUUUUAUAAAUCACAAUUCGUUAAUCUGACGUAUUUGAAUUUAGAAGCUAAUAAACCUUUAAACAAAAUGUUUUCUUUGCCAGCGCGAUCCGACUCGGCCCAGUCUAACCUUAAGAUACUCAUACUUUCGAAAACGUCUAUAACACACUUGGAAAGAGGAUCCUUCGCAUCUUUUUCUCAUCUGCGUUAUCUUUAUCUUAGUGAAUGCCAUCUCGCAUCCAUACCCGAAGGCACGUUUCUUAACUUGACUUCUCUCGUAUCGCUCGAUUUAUCACGAAAUCGUUUAGAAAUGAUUGCAGACGAUAUCUUUGUAGAUCUUUAUUCUCUUCAAUAUCUAAAUUUGAGUAGUAAUCGUUUCUAUUUCGUUCCGCAAUCUUCUAUUAAUUUUGUUUCCAAUCUAACGUUUUUGAAUCUGGAAAGCAAUGCCGUAAAAUAUCUAUCUAAUUUUUCGCAUUUCAAUCUACGAUAUUUAAACGUGAGAAACAAUCGUAUCAAAGAGUUUACUAAUGAGUCAAUCGAUUUGCCAUUGUUAAAAAAUCUCGAUAUUUCUUCCAAUCUCAUAAGUAAUUUUUCUAAAGAAUUUUUAGAAAUUUUACAAAUCAUUAAAUUUGUUAAUUUAUCAUCGAAUCCGUUCAAUUGCUCUCCGUGCAAUCUUUACUAUUUGCACGUGUGGUUAAAUGCCACCGAUUAUAGAGAUUCUGACAAUUUUAUUUGCUUUCUUCCGGAGAAAGUUUCGAAUGAAAAAGUAAUAAAUCUUCCAUCGAGAUAUGAAGAUUGUUUACGUUUAGUCACCGAUGAAACAAUAACAAUUGUAAUAUCUUCGUGCAGUACGAUCUUCGUUAUCUUAUUAAUUGCAUCGAUGAUAUAUUAUUAUCGCUGGAGUAUUCGUUAUUUGCUGUUUCAUUUACGAUCGAAAAUUUGGUAUUUUAAACAAGAAAAACUAGCUUGUCGUCAAUACAAGUACGAUGCUUUUAUAUCGUUUUGCGACGAGGAAACGGAAUGGGUAGCCAAUGAAUUAGUUCCUAAAUUAGAAUCUGAAGAAUCGGGAUUAAAACUGUGCAUCCGACUUCGCGAUUUUAUCCUCGGAGAGGAAAUCCAUCAAAAUAUUAUCGAUAAAAUAGAAGAGAGUCGUAAAGUUGUGAUUCUAUUAUCGGACAAUUUUCUGAAGGACAAUUGGCGUAUGACGGAACUAUACUUGGCUCACGACAAGUUAUUCGAAGAAAAUAGAGAUGCUUUAAUUUUAGUUAAAAUGGAAGAAUUACAAAAAGUGUUAAUACCUCGAAAACUUCGUUAUUUGUUAAAAACAAGGACUUAUUUGUUAAGGGCAACUGAAGAAGAUGCUCAGUUAUUAUUCUGGAGUAGAUUGAAAGAAGCCAUUACGAAAUACAAUAAUCCGAAUAAAAUGAAAGAACUUGUUUAAAACUUUAAAUGUAAUUUACGUUUAUGCUCUUUAUAAUUUUCGAGGGUAUAUUUAAUGACUUAGAUAAAAAUAUUUGUAAUAUUUAAAAUGUGUUGAUUUAUUAUACACUUUAUAACUCGUUUCUUUAUAUGUUUUUAUUAAUAUGUUCAUCAGAAAAAUGGCAAUGUUAGCGGCUAUAAUUGCAACGUGUUCUUGAAACGAUUGUGCUGUUUUGACUGACGUAAAUAAAUAUUAAAGAACUUGCAUUAAUCUUUUAAAAUUAACUGCAGUUAGGUGAACAUAAUUUUUAAAUGCUUCUCUUGUAAAAUUAACUUUUUUUUUUUUUUUUUUAAUUUUGUCACUAUCAAAGUAAAACAGCAAUAUGAACAUUGUCGAAUUAUGAAGAUUGUUGAAUUAUUAGAAGGAAAGGGAAUUCAAUGAUUUAAUCAUUAUGAAAGAAAAUGUUUGUCUGCUUGCAUGAUAUUAGUAUUGUACAUUGUAUUAAUAAAAAAUAUACAUGGACUAUAUGUUACAGUAUUUAGAUUUCUCAAAUUAACUGUUAAUCUUUUAUAAUGUUCAAUUGUCUUUUGCUAUAUUGUGUGCCGAGCGCUCUACCGGUAAUUAAUGUUGCAAAGUCAGAGGAUUCCCAUUAAAUUUAAUGGAAAUGCGACUGUAGGAAAAUUUAUUUGAGUGGUAUAGUAUUUUCGGAGGAGAAUUUCUUUUUUAUUUAUCAAUAUUUAUACAGUAUUGACCUUUGAGCCGCCUAAAAUGACGAACUUAACAAUCUUUAAUAUCGUACCACGUUUAGUAAUAACGUGUUUAGAUUUAGUGGGAACUGAAGUUUGAAGUUGUGGGAAGCUUAUCUAAGACUCGGUAACAGUGCCGUCAAUACCCAAAAGCUGUUUAGUAUCACGUUUCUGAACGUUUCGAAAUGCAACCGGCUGUAUUACAGAGAUUGUACUAUACAUUAAUUAUAGGACCAUCGAGAGGGUGAACUGGGAGUCUUCUUCCGGCUCAGAGAAAACUUAGAAAACCGUGAUAUCUGCCUCUAUAAAUUAAUAUUACUUUUACUAACAAAAAAUAAAAUCUUUAAACUGCUUUUUAUUAGCAAACAUUCUGCAAACUUCUAUUCCGUUUGUUCAAAAAAAGACACGGCAGAAGGGCUUGCACUAC